CGUGAUAUGGAAGUGACUGUUGUGUGUCGAUUCGUCUAUUUACGUUAUUUUUAAUAUUGAAAGACAUAUUCAAUUAUACAUUUAAUCCUUUUUUUAAAUGUGUAAUGUUGUUACUUUAUUAGUAAGAUUAACAGACAAAAGAAUUACUUUAUACUAUAGGUGAUAUCAUCUGCGCGGGAAAUGUGGAUAGCUACGUUUUGUAUUCCCGCAAAUUAAACUCAUCUUAGUAUUAAAUAUUGUGUUAAAAAAAUAAUAUGAUUGCAUACAAGGGCCGAGAAAAUAAGAGAGGUAAGGCUUUAAAAAUGCCUAGAAAUAUAGAACGCUUAUAUAAAGAAGGAAAAUGCCGUGACUGUUCAGUGGUGGUGACGCGAAUGGAUUUUGCUAAAAUAUUGGGAAAGUUUACUAAAGUUAAAAUUCAAUAUGAAAGCAGUUCAUCACCAAAAACUCAGAAGUCGACAGAAACAGCUGUGCCAAACUCAAAUGCAAGGUUAAAAAACAAUGAAAAUGGCAUGGUACUCCUGCGAAGAACCGCUUACAAUCAACAUCCCGUAAAAGAUUUGGUUAAUUCUAAGAAACAGAAAAAUGAAACGUCAACACCUCGGCAAGUAAAUAAUGUACUCAAAGAAAAUAACGGGUCCAAUAAAACAGAUAUUGUUAGAGAGAAAACCUUAACUCAAAAACAAAUUAAUAGUAAUUGCAAUAAACAAUAUGCCAUCAUAUUUAAUGACCCAUUAUGUAAUAACAAUUACGAUGUUAAGUGUGAUUUUUCCUUAAUGGAACUGUUACCGAAAGUAGACAAAAGUAUAUUUCCUUCUAAAGAAUGGUGUGUAGACUAUUUUCCUAAAAAUGAAGAGCCAACUGAUGAUAAGGUGUAUGAUCGUAUAGCUGCUGAACUUGAAGAUCUAAUGUAUAGUGAGAAACCAGAUGAUAAAUUUAGUAAACCGGAAUCGGCAGAAAAUAAGGUAGAUGAUUUUCCGUCCAUAAUGGACAUACUUAAUGAUAACAAUACCCCUGUAAAUAAUAUGGAAACAAAAGACCAAAGCAGUAAUAUAGAAUUUAAAGAUAACUUAGAAUCAAGUGAUGUUGAAGCUAUGCUUCUCGGUAGUCAGCCAGCUAUCGAUAACAAGGAAUUAGAAGAAAACAAGGUAAUAGAAGAACCAUUACCUAUGGAAAUUGAUAAUACUGAUGUCAAUAAAUUAAUAGAGGAUGUAGCACAAUUUAGCUCCAGCACUGAGGUUGAGGCUGAGGGUGAGAAGGCUAAAGCUACUCCAAUUAGUGAAAUUGAAAAUCCUCAUAGCCCAUCAAUAUUAGAUGAGGCAUUAAAAAAAGGAAUAGAAGAACACUUACCAUGCGACACAUCACAAAAAUGUGAACCAGAUAUUCCUGAAGCAGGAGCGCUAACAGACGAUAGUAGUAAUGUCAUUGACCAAGAUAAAACAACAAUAGAUGAAAGUGAAACCAAUAAUGAUAAUGAAAAAGCUAUAAUUCAAGAAAAAGCAAUUAUUAAUGAAAAAGCUAUAAUUAACGAAACAGCUAUAAUCAGUGAAAAUGAUGAAACUAUGGUUACUGACCAAAGCACUAAUGAGAGUAUAUUGAAAGAAAGCUCGGAAAAUGAUUUAAAUAUAUUUCCAACAUCUAAAUUAGAUGAUAUUACACAUGUUGUUUUCAAAAAAGUAGUUGAUGGUAUAUGUCAAAAAUCUGUGACAUGCCCCAAAAAUUUAAAAUAUAGCAUAGAAUUAGAAGAGAAAUCUGUGGAGUUUUUAGGUGCUCCUAAAUAUAUAUCAAGUUUAGAAGACUUACAGGUACUAUUACAAAUUGUAAAUGAGACAGACUUAAGAAGUUUAUAUGUACUUUAUUGAAGUUUUUGUUUUGCUUUAAUAAACCUGGACAAUCCUA